AAUGAAUACAAGAGAUGGACAGACAGAAAAGAUUGAAAAGGACUUUUCAAGAUUAUUGGAGAGAUAUAAUCGUUCAAAAUAAGUCAUCGAUUAAUUGUAUUAAUCAGGUGGGAAGAAUGAUACGACAAUACGUUCAGAGAAAAAUAUUAAAGAAGAGAAGGAAAAGGAGUAUGUGUCAAGAGAUAAAUAUAGCAAAAUGAGAAACUUAAAUAAAGAGCUUAAAGUAUAAAAUUGAAUAAUUAAAUAAAAUAGUUAACUCUAAAAGAAUACAUAGAUCGAACAAAAGAACUGGAAUCUGCAAUAAGAGGAAAGGAUGAUCUUAUUGAAAAGUAUGAGAAGGAACUUAGAGAAUAAUAAGAGAAUCUUUAUAAUCAAUUACAAGAAUAGAAAGAAUAGAUUUUGAAGGAAGAUUAAUAAUCAAGAAUUAAUGAAGAUUUAAGAACUUAAUUAUCUUAAGCUAAAUAGAAAUUGAUUAAAAAGAAAGCUAAAAUUCAAUUAUUAAAAGAUUCUCAUAAAACUAUUGAUGUAAAUAUACAUUUAAUAUUGAUUUUAGAGUAAGUUUGAAGAUUAGAAAUAAGGAUUUCAAUAAGAAUUAGAGAGAGUAUAGAAAUUAUGCGAAGAGUUUUCAAAUGAAAUGUAAGAUUAUUAGAUUAAUUGUUAAUUAGUAAAGAUUCAGAGAAGAGACUCAUAUGUUUGAAUGAUGAAAAUGAACAAUAUAAAUAAUUACUAGAUUAAAAGGAAGAAGAUAGAAGAUAUUUAGAAAUGAUGAUUUAAGAAGAGAGAGAUAAUACAAAUAAGAUAAGUGCAAAAUUUUAAGAAUUUUUAGAUGAGAAAAAGAUUUUGUAAAUUACAAUAGAAAAUUAAGGAAAGAGAGUAUAAGAUUUAGAGGAAUAAUUAAAAUAAGCUGAUACAAGAUAUUUAAUGUUAUAAGGAAAAUUAGAUUAAGAGAAAUAAGGAAUAAUAAGUGAAUUAUAAGAGACAUUGUAGAAAAAAAAAUAAAAAACAAAAUAAAUGCAAACAUAAAUCUAAUAAUUAGAAUAGAAAUUAUAAGAGAAAUCAAAAGAAGAUAUUAUAGUUAAUAAAUAAAUUUAAGAUUUAUAAGGAGAAUAGUUAAAAUUAUAGUCUUUACUUGAGGAUUAAAAACAUAAAACAGACUAAGCACUUAAUGAGGCUUAAUUUAAAGUUCAAGAAGUAAGAGAAUUAAAAGGAGAAAUAGAGAAAUAUAGAUAAACACUUUAAAUUUAAGAUGAAAAACUAUCAAAAUAUGAUGUGUAAUAUUAGAUUGAUUAAAAAGAAAAAUAAAGAUUAAUUCAUGAAAUUGAGAUUUGUGAAUAGGAGAAUAGAAAAUUAUAACAUUUACUUUAUGAAUAAGAUAGAGACAUUGAUUAUAUGAGACAAUAAUAAGAAUAAGUAUAAUUAAAAUAUUUAUAGUUUAUAGGAGAUUUUACAUAUUGAGAAGAAAGUUGAUUCUCUUGUUACUGAAGUUCAUGUGGCUAGAGAAGAAGCAAAUGAAUGGAAAAGAAAUGCAAAUGAUUUGAAAAGAUAGUUAUAAUUAUAAGAAGAAAAUACUAAUUAAUUUAAAGCAAAAUAUUUAAAGAGUAAAUAGAAUUCAAAAAAUCUGGAAAAUGAAUAACGAUUUGUAAUUUAUAAAUAUUUAAAAUUUUAUAGCUUGAAGAAAAAGUAAAAUUAUUAGAAAAUGAAAAAUUACUUGGAGAGAGAGAAGUUUUGAAAAAUACUGUAGUUUAAUAAAAAUCAGUCCAAUAAAGUAAAAUUAAGGUGCUUGAUGAAAUCUAGAACAUGAUCAAGUAACAUAAAUAUAGAGAAUGAA